AUGGCACGAGCGUCUGGCAGAAGCACUGUGGUCUACGGACAGGAAGCCGUGGUGCCUUGGGAGAUCAACAUCGGCUCCAGGCGCGUCGCGCUGCAAAACAAAAUAUCAGCCGAUGAGUACUCCUCCCUCAUGAACAUCAACACUGAAGAUCUCAUGGAACUUCGGCUUUGGGCUCAUGAAAAGAUCAAAGAAAAUAAGGCAAAAGUCUCCAGAGCCUACAACAAGAAAGUGAAGCCAAAGAGUUUCCAAGUCGGGGAUCUUGUCUGGGAGUUGGUCUUGCCGAUUGGAAGUAAAGACCCGGUGUACGGCAAGUGGUCGCCCAAUUGGCACGGUCCUUAUCGCAUAAUAAAGGCUGCACCAGGCAAUUCCUACCGCAUGGAAACCCUUGAAGGGGUAAGAUUCAGUCGCAACGUGAAUGGAAAAUACUUGAAAAAGUAUUACCCCAGCCUUUGGGUAGGCUCGUAA